AUGAGCAAAAUACCUCGGAAAGUAGUGGCUUUGCAAAACAAAAAGAAAAACAAAGCCAACAAGAAAAAUAUGCCGAAGGAAAAGAAUCCUGUCUCCAAAUGCAAUGGAGCUGUCCAACCGCCUACACAACCGACUGCCAUUCAAAAUUCGGAUCCUGAUGUCGAGUACGGAGAUCAUUUGCGCGACGAGGAUAAUAUAGAGGAAGGAAUCCUGGGGAGUGAUGAUGACGAACAAGAGGACCCAAAGGACUAUUGCAUAGAUGUGUGCAUGGUGUUUGAGGUGUUGGGACACAACCUAUUGAAACUAAUAAUUCGAUCCUCAUACCGUGGUAUCCCUUUGGAGAACGUGCGAUCAAUCAUUAAACAAGUAAGUACGGUUCCUCCUACACCCUAA